CCCGCAAAAUGUCGCAGUCUUCCCCUUCCCAAGUCCAAAACCAAAAGGGGGGCGAAUUUCGCCCCCACCAAUCUCCAAUAAUGUCUCCGAUCAUCGUCACUGUUCUUAUUAUUGUUGUUGUUGUUGUUGUGGUUGUUGUUGUUGUUGUGGAUAUAAUGUCUGUUCUCUGCGAGUGGCUCAGAUUGAAGCAACAGUUGCAUGUGUUCCAGGGUAAUGCAGUUUUCAGUGUGACAAUAUAAAAACAAAAUGGCUACACUUUGGGAUAUAGGGGUUGGAGCAGCCAUCAACAUCCUCAGCGCUUUUGUUUUCUUUAUAAUAUUUGCGUUUCUCAGGCUUCAGCCUUGCAACGACAGAGUGUACUUUGCGAAAUGGUAUUUGAAGGGAGAGAGAGGCAGUCCCACAAGCUCUGGCACAUUCGGGAGCAAAUUUGUCAAUCUAGACUAUAGGUCAUAUGUGAGGUUUCUGAAUUGGGUGCCGGAAGCAUUGAAGAUGCCGGAACCGGAGCUUAUUGAUCAUGCAGGAUUGGAUUCUGCUGUUUACUUGAGGAUAUACUUGAUGGGGCUUAAAAUCUUUGUUCCAAUAGCAUUUGUUGCAUGGGUUAUUUUGAUACCGAUCAACUGGACAGAUAACACUUUGGAUAUAGCCGGCAAGCAAGCCAAUAUUACUUCUACAAACAUUGAUAAGCUCUCUAUUUCAAAUAUCCCAUAUAGAUCUCAAAGAUUGUGGACUCAUGUAGUGAUGGCGUAUGCCUUCACCUUUUGGACAUGUUGUGUGCUGUUGAGGGAGUAUGAGAAAGUUGCCACAAUGCGGUUGCAUUUUCUUGCAACAGAAAAACGACGACCAGAUAAAUUUACGGCCCUUGUAAGAAAUGUUCCACCAGAUCCAGAGGAAUCUGUAAGUGAGGUUGUGGAGCACUUUUUUCUGGCCAACCAUCCAGAUCAUUAUCUUACUCAUCAGGUGGUAUACGACGCCAACAAGCUUGCAAAAUUGGUAAAGAAGAAGAAAAAAAUGGAUAACUGGCUUGUCUACUACGAGAACAAACUUGAAAGAAGCAAAACUUCAGUGAGGCCCUUCAUUAAGACUGGUUUUCUUGGGCUUUGGGGAAAGAAAGUUGAUGCAAUUGAACAUUAUCAAUCUGAGAUUGUGAAAAUGAAGAAGGAAAUACCUGAAGAAAGGGAGAGGGUUAAAAACGAUCCCAAGUCUAUCAUGCCAGCUGCCUUUGUGUCCUUUAAAAGCAGAUGGGGUGCUGCUGUUUGUGCGCAAACUCAGCAAUCUAGAAAUCCAACUACUUGGUUAACUGAAUGGGCUCCAGAGCCGCGUGAUGUAUAUUGGCCAAAUCUGGCAAUUCCAUAUGUGAAACUCACUGUUAAGAGGCUCAUCAUGGGUGUUGCAUUUGUUUUCCUCACCUUGUUUUCCUUGAUCCCCAUUGCAUUUGUACAAUCUCUUGCAAGUGUGGAGGGACUUAAGAAAGAAGCUCCAUUCCUAAAUCCCAUUGUCAAACUGAAGUUCAUCAAGUCAGUCAUGACAGGCUUUCUACCGGGAAUUGCAUUGAAGUUAUUUUUGAUAUUUUUGCCAAUGAUAUUGAUGAUGAUGGCUAAAUUUGAGGGUUAUCCUUCUCGGUCUUCUCUUGAGAGGAGAGUAGCGUCUAGAUACUACCUCUUUUCUUUAAUGAAUGUAUUCCUGGGUAGCAUUUUUGUCGGAUCAGCAUUUGAUCAGCUUUAUACUUUAAUUCACCAAUCAGCAAAUGUCAUUCCAGAGACAAUCGGCUUUGCAAUCCCAAUGAAAGCUACUUUCUUCAUGACAUAUAUAAUGGUUGAUGGGUGGGCUGGUAUCGCUGCUGAGAUCUUAAUGUUGCUGCCACUGAUUCUAUAUCACUUUAAGAAUACCUUCCUAGUGAAGACUGAUAAGGACAGGGAGGAGGCAAUGGCUCCAGGAAGUAUUGGUUUCCAUGUUGGGGAGCCUCGUAUACAGCUUUAUAUCUUACUGGGCUUUGUAUACUCUACAAUUACACCAGUUUUACUUCUGUUCAUAAUCGUUUUCUUUGGCCUGGCUUAUGCUGUGUUCCGUCAUCAGAUCGUAAAUGUUUAUAGCCAGGAAUAUGAAAGUGGUGCAGCAUUCUGGCCUGAUGUCCAUGGUCGCAUUGUAUGUGCUCUGAUUAUCUCUCAACUGAUUCUAUUAGGACUGUUGAGUACCAAAAGAGCUGCUCUUGCUACGCCAUUUCUUCUCGUACUUCCAGUAUCCACCAUAGUGUUUUAUAAGUAUUGUGCAGAUCGUUUUGAACCUGCAUUUGUUAGAUAUCCAUUACAGGAAGCGAAGAUGAAGGAUGAUCUGGAACAUGCAAGAGAUCCAGACUUGAACGUGAGAGACUACCUCCAAAGCGCAUAUGUCCAUCCAGUUUUCAAAGUGUGCGAUGAAGAUGAUGAAGAUAAAGAACAUAACUCUAUUGUUUGAAGAUUUAGUACGAAAUGAGAGUGACUGUGGCCAUAAAAUGCCAAUCCCCACACAGGGACACACUCGUUGCCGGAUCUUCAAUGUGUCCAUUUGACCUUUUCCGAUGUUGUGCAUACUAUUCAAGACUAUGGAACUGUAAAAAUUGAAUGAGUCGAUCAUAUAGGUUCCAGUAUACAUAGCAAGUAGUGGUGAGUUUUGUUCG